AUGCAGCCCCCGGGGGCCCUGCAGGACCCUGGUGAUCCCCGGCGGGAGCAGCCCAGCACCCGUGGUGCGGACAGGCCUCUGGAGCAGUCAGGAGAGAUGGAAACCCCAGGGUCUCGGGACAAGCCACCUCGCAUUCCCAGAGAGGAUCCCCCGUCCCUGCAGCACUCAGCAAGAGCUGCGGGAUUCUGCGUCUUCCUUCUCCCCCUCUUCCACACACUGAAGCCCCCGUCUCCUCAGUCCCAGGCCAGUGCAGGAGACUUACAGGGCUUUCCCGGUGCCAGCAGCACCAGGGCUCACGUGUGCACUCCCUUCCCACCUGCAGGUGCUGGGGCCCUGCAGAGAGCUGAGCAGCAGCCUGCUGAGGAGGGGCCGGUGAUCCUGGAGCUGCAGAGGACGUGCGCAGGGAGCCUGGAGGAGAGGAGGUCCCCGACCCCUGAGCCAGGCCAAGUGCAGAAGGGGCAGGGCAGGCCUCCAAAGCAGGAGGAGAGCUCGGAGCUCCGGGAGGUGUUCGAGGACGUGGCUGUGUAUUUCACAUGGAAGGAGUGGGAGCUGCUGGACGAUGAAGACAAGGUGCUUUACCGGGACCAGAUGCUGAAGAAUCACCAAGCCCUUGUUUCCCUGGGAUAUCGAGGUCCCACACCUGACUUAAUCUGCAACAUCCAGCAGGAACAGGUGGAGCUCCGGGUCUGUGAUGAUGAGGACCCUGGGGAAAUCUCAAGAUGGGAGGACCUGCUACCAGGAGGUGCCUGGCCACUGAGCAGAGCUGAGGAGCAGCCUCCUGCGGAAGGGUCUGCAGACCUGGAGCCAGCACAGGUUUCCCCAGGGAGUUUGGGUGACAUGGACUCCCUGAGACCUGAGAAGAAGCCAUGGCACGAAAGUCAGGGGAGGUCCCAAAAGCAGAAGGAGAAUGUAGCCAUGAACCAGGACCGGUGCAUCCACCUAGGGAGGAAGACACACCACUGCACUGAGUGCAGGAAGAACUUCAUCUGCUUGCAAGACCUGUCCCAGCACGAGUGUGUGUGGCACCACUGCACCAAGUGUGGGAAAAGAUUUAGGCAGCUCUCCAACCUGGCAAGGCACUGGUGCAUGCACACAAGGGAGAAGCUACAUCAGUGUUCAGAGUGUGGGAAGAGCUUCACUCAGUCCUACAGCCUGGCUCAGCACCAGCGUAUCCACACAGGGGAGAAGCGACAUCAGUGCUUGGAGUGUGGGAAGAGCUUCACACUUUCCUCCAGUCUGGCUCAGCACCAGCGUAUCCACACAGGGGAGAAGCCACAUCAGUGCUCAGAGUGUGGGAAGAGCUUCACUUACUCCUUCAACCUAGCUCAGCACCAGCUGAUCCACACAGGGGAGAAGCCAUAUGAAUGCUCAGAGUGUGGGAAGAGCUUCACUCACUCCUCCUGCCGGGCUCGACACCAACUUAUCCACACGAGGGAGGAAGAGCACAAGAAAACUUCUGAGAGGGGCAGAGGGAGCUUGAGAAUCUCUGACCUACAGAGAUGAAGAUGUUAGGAAGGGAUGUGGACGAGAGCUUCCAGCGACCCCUUGGCAGACAAACCUGGCUUACAUCUCGUGUACACAUGUCGCUAGAGGAGUAGUUAAGGAAAUGCCUCUUCCCGUUGUAGCAGC